AUGCCCAUGGGGAAAAAAAGAAACCAUACAGCACAGUGUGGUAUCUACAACUUAGUGAGGUUUCCUAAAGGGAAUUUCACCAGUUGGCUGCUGGUUAAAGUAGGAGACUUUGUUUACAGAAACCCCAACAAUAAUGAUUUGAUAAUCAAUGAAGAAAUGGUAAAAUGGCAUGUUAGUUUCAAAGAAAUUCCUGAAUCUGUGUGUAGCCAGAGCUGUGGUCAUGGAUUCCAGAAAAUUUACCAAAGAGGAAGACCUGAUUGCUGCUUUAUUUGUGUCUCUUGUACAGAGAGAGGCAUUUCAAAUCAAACUGAUGCAGAACAGUAUAUCCAAUGCUUAGCUCAAGAGUAUCCAAACAGUGAGAGAACACAAUGUCUCCCCCAAGUCCCCAAGUCUGUGACAUUCCUGGAUUUUGAAGAUUCUUUGGGGACAGCCAUGGUCAGUAUGGCUCUGUGUUUCUCUGUGGCCACAGCUGUGAUUUUGGGGAUCUUUGUGAAGCAACAAGACACUCCUAUAGUAAAGGCCAAUAACCACAUUCUCACCUUCAUACUGCUCAUCUGUCUCCUCUUGUGCUUCCUCUGCUCUCUGCUGUUCAUUGGCCAUCCUAACACAGCCACCUGCAUCCUCCAAGUCACAUUUGCCAUUGUGUUCACUGUGGCUGUUUCCACUGUUUGGGCCAAAACCACUACUGUGAUUCUGGCAUUUAAGGUUAUGAAGCCUGGAAGAACAACGAGGUGCUCUGUCAUUCCCAUUUGCUCCCUGAUCCAAGUGAUUAUCUGUGGAAUCUGACUGGGAACUUCUCCCUCUUUCAUUGAUAUAGACUUACAUUCUGAGCCCAGAAAUCUCAUCAUCAUGUGCAACAAGGGCUCGGUCACUGCCUUCUACUGUGUCCUGGGAUACCUGGGCUUCUUGGCUCUGGGGAGUUUCACUGUGGCUUUCCUAGCCAGGAACCUGCCUGACACAUUCAAUGAGGCCAAAUUCCUCACAUUCAGCAUGCUGGUGUUCUGCAGUGUCUGGAUCACCUUCCUCCCUGUCUACCACAGCACCAAGGGGAAGGUCAUGGUGACCGUGGAGGUGUUUUCCAUCUUGACCUCCAGUGCAGGACUCCUAGUCUGCAUCUUUGCUCCCAAGUGCUACAUUAUUCUGAUAAGACCCAAUAAGAACUCCUGGAAAGCAUUAAAAGAACAGAAGAGGUCUCAGAGAAAAUAG